CCAGAAACAUCCCGCUCUUCUACCCCAUCCACCGCCCAAGCCAGUCUCAUCCCCCUUCACGUCCUCCCCGAGGUACGAUCACCUCCUCGUCGCUCCCUCGCCAUGGCGGCCGACUCUCUCCAGCUCAAUCUCCGUCGCGGACGUCGUCCACGUCUUUUCGGCUUUACCGAAAUCCCAGACUCGGGAAGCAGCGCCAGCUCCGCAGCCAGCAGCGUCAACAAUUCGCGGAGUAAUAGUCCAGAGCGCAAGGGCGCAAGUCCGCUGGGUCUGACGUUGGACGGAGACGGAACGGGGUCAAUAGGAGCAAGCAUAUCAAUACCAAGUGGACCAGGUCCAGGAUCGGUCCUACCGCGUCGCGGACCUGUACGCGCCCACGCGGAUGACCACAUCAUGCUCACGCCUCGUCGGGCGCGGGAUAACGGUCUCAAGCUCGACUUUACCGGUAUCACACCCCUCACCUCCCCUAUCGACCCCGCAUCGACCUACAUCCCCUCUCCAUACUCGGCCAAGCUCAUCCGGAAAAAGUCGGGCGAGCUCGUCAAGCCAGCACUCAAGUAUGGCGGUCCCCUCACUGCGAGCGGGACGCCUAUGGCGGUCCAUUUCGACUCGCAGCUCGAGCGGGUCAAGCUGUUCAACAAGGACCACAAACCUCAGGUCGUCAGCCGGGACGGGUCACCCACUCAGUAUACCACGUCGGAGGGAGAAGAGUUCCCCUUCCCAUCUACAGACGACGAGGCGGCUACUCGGUCAGCCGCCGAAGAGCGCAAAGUCUUAUCCAUCAAACUACCCAAUUUCCCGUCCUCCCCAAACACCUUCGCCGACCUCCAACUCGAAUCCCUCUACCUGGACGAAUCGGAUCGCAAAACCCUCCGAGGCGUUAUCGUCGUCAAGAACUUUGCGUUCAACAAGUGGGUUGCCGUCCGAUUCACUCUGGACUGGUGGCAGACCACGUCGGAGGUUUCGGCGUCGCACAAGGAGACGAUCCGGGAAGGGGCGUACGAUCGUUUCUCCUUUGCGAUCAAGCUGGGGGAUGUGAUGGCCAAGAUUGAGGAGAAGACGCUGUUCAUGUGCGUGAGGUACAACAGCGAGGGGCGGGAAAUCUGGGACAGCAACAAUGGGGAGAACUACCAAGUCAACUUUGAGCGGAAGGCGGCUGCGCCGGUGGCGGUGGACAAGGCGUCUUUGCUGUCGCCCGGCUUGGCGAGGGGAGGUGGGAAGCGGAUGAUGAACCAGUGGGGCGGAGUGGGGAAGGCUGGGAAGGAUGAUGAUCGAAUGGCGAGUCUGCGGGAGAAGCUAUCGCGUCUCACGGCGGAAGACGACGAGAUGAACGCGGUCCCUCAACUCUCGCCCAACCGGUCAUCGUACCUCUCGGCCGGGAAACGGGGCGUCAACUUUGGCGGAUCUCCAAACUCGUCCCCUCGGAAAGGGUUUGCGGCGCUGGCGGAUCUGGACCCGGCGCAGGGUAUCCCCAGUCAGGCUCUUGCGGCGAGGUACGACUUUGGGUCGGCGUUCAAGGGGGCUCGGGAAGGACGGUCAGCUUCGCCCGACUCGCGGAAUGCCGAGUUGCCCAAUGUCCGCACGGGGCUGUUGGCAUUCGAGCCCAAGGGUGAUACGCCAACUCGGCCAGAACGGCCGGGUAUGGACUAUUACUCGCCUCGGUAUAGUCCAAAAUCGCCCCUUCCCGUCCCCGCGUCCGCUACCUCGUCGGCUAUCGGUAUCCUCCCCACCCCGCUCGAAGUACCCGACGUGACAGUUCAAGGUCCCUCCCCUCCCCCACCCGACAGCCCUAUCGCGACCAUCUCCCACGCGUCCGGCUCGACCACCAAAUCACCUACCCGACCGACCUUCGGCCGAAGCUCCACCUCUCCCGCACUCAUCACUACUUCGCUUCCCCAUCGUCCCUCUUCCGUUCGUCCACCUUCGAGCCCGCUCGCCCGCUCGCCCGCCCUCCCCCCUUCGUCACCUACCGCUCUCCCUACUUCCCGCUUGGCAAUGUCGGGCUCGCGCUCCCCCUCCCCGCCCAUAUUGGGCAUGAGCACCUCGGGGAGUGGGGAUAGUAUGGCGAGCUAUAGCAGCUUUAUUGAGCAGUUCUGCUGGGGCGGCGGCUCAUCCACAACUCCCACACCUACAUCCUCAAACGAGAUUUCUCCUCCCCGCCGCACGCACUCCAGCUCAUCAUUGGACGAGUACUUUGCGCAUUCAUCAUCGACGGCGAGUAUGGCGGGAGGAUCGGGGCUGGCUACGCCCCGAGCACCCAGCGGGCGGCAAGGGCCAGAGUAUGGCGCGUAUGGUGAGAGUGGGAUGCGGGGGUAUGUCGCUGCGCAGGUCAAGUGA